UAGGAAUGUUGUUCUGAAAAAUUAAAAUAUUCAAAACAAACGGAAUAAAAAAAUAUCAUUAUGAAAAAAUGGAUUUAAAAACUCUACUUAAAAAUAAGAUUUCCAAACAAAAACCUGUAAAUAAAGAAGAAAGCAUUAAAAACGAAGAUGAACAAUUUAAUAACAUACUGAAAGAAUGGGGGAAAGAAACUCGAGAAAAAACAAGCAUACCAAAAUUCUUCAACAAACUUCCAAAAGAAAAUGAACCUCUUAGACAAAAACUGAGAGAAGAAAGCCAUACAAACCUACUGAAAAGAAAAUCAGCAAAACUUUUGGAAGAUAAUGAACUCAGAGAGUUGUGGGUGCUUUUGCAGAAAAAGCAGAGCUUUCCUGAUGAGCAGCUAAUGACUUAUGCAGAUUUUCAAAAGGUAACCUCUUUACUAGGUGAGAAAAUCAAGCCAUACUUUACACCUUGUGUUUUUGCACGAUUGCAACAAGGUGACCCCCAGGGGAGAGUAUCUAUAAUGUCGCUAUUUAAUUAUGUUAUGAAGAAAUUUUGGUUGCAACAGACUAGAGUAGGAUUGUCAAUGUACGAUGUUUCUGGACAAGGUUAUUUAAGUCCAUCUGACUUAGAGAACUAUAUUUCUGAGUUUUUGCCAACGUUGGUUCAGUUGGAGGGUUUGGAAAAGUCGUUUCAUAGUUUUUAUUUGUGUACAGCUGUGAGAAAGUUCUUUUUCUUUUUGGACGUCUUAAGGGCUGGUAGGAUAAGAAUUUUGGAUAUUUUGGCUUGUUCUUUUUUGGAUGAGUUGUUAGAGUUAAGAGUUGAGGAUUUAAGCAAGGAAAUUCAAGAGCAGAAUUGGUUUAGUGCUCCCUCAACUCUAAGGGUAUAUGGGCAUUAUUUAAACUUGGAUAGGGACCAUAAUGGUAUGCUGAGUAAAUCUGAACUUGCUGGUUAUGGUAGUGGAACUCUAACACAGCCUUUUCUUGAUAGAGUAUUCCAAACUUGCCUUACCUACGGAGGAGAAAUGGAUUAUAAGACUUAUUUGGAUCUUGUGUUAGCUUUAGAAAACAGAUCAGAACCACAAGCCCUAGCAUUCCUAUUUAGGAUCUUAGACAUAAAAGAGUGCGGAUAUUUGGACGCAUUUACCUUAAAUUACUUCUUCAGAGCCAUCCAAGACCAAAUGGAAGCCCACGGGGCUGACCCAGUGUCAUUUGAAGAUGUUAAAGAUGAACUCUUUGAUAUGGUCAAACCAAAAGACCCUCAAAAAAUUACUUUGGCUGAUCUACAGGCCAGUGGACAAGGAGAAACUUUUGUCAGUAUUUUAAUUGAGUUCCAUGGGUUCUGGAACCAUGAGAACAGAGAGGCUGUCUCUUCUGAACCAUCACAGGAUUAAUUUUAGUAAUUUAUUCAUAUUUAUUUUUUUAAUAAAAUACUUUUCUUACA